UAGAUGCUUAAUUAGAGAGCUGAAAAAUCAAUCAAUGGAGCAUCAGAAAUUGAUUUUACUUAUGACUGUUCCAUGGCUUCUUCUAUUCGCUGCUCAAAGCUCCAAAACAUACAUAGUUCACAUGGACAAGUCCCUAAUGCCUCAGGUCUAUGCUAGUCACAGUGAUUGGUAUGAGUCAACCAUUCGUUAUUCCAUAAAGCUAUCAUCAAUUUCUGAUCAUUUGACAACCAAUAGUAAUAAUAAUAAUAAUUUGGUUUACACCUAUGAUGAAGCCAUGCAUGGAUUCAGUGCAGUGCUAUCUUUAGAUGAACUUGAGGCAAUAAAGAACACUCAUGGCUUCGUGGCGGCUUAUCCGGAUAGGUUUGUCACCGUAGACACAACUCACACUUUUGAGUAUCUCUCCCUUGACCCAUCCUAUGGCCUUUGGAAAGCUUCUAAUCUCGGCGACGGCGCCAUUGUCGGCGUGAUUGACUCCGGCGUCUGGCCGGAGAGCGAGAGCUUCAAAGACGAUGGAAUGACCAAAAACAUCCCAUCCAAAUGGAGAGGAACAUGCGAGCUAGGACAAGAUUUCAACGCCUCAAAUUGCAAUUUAAAGCUUAUCGGAGCCAGGUACUUCAACAAGGGUGUGAUCGCUGCGAAUCCUAACAUCACAAUUUCAAUGAACUCGGCCCGAGACACAAUGGGGCAUGGCACCCACACGUCAUCCACCGUCGGAGGGAACUACGUCGGUGGCGCCUCUUUCUUCGGUUAUGCAGAAGGGGUGGCAAGAGGCAUUGCGCCGCGGGCGAGGCUGGCCAUGUACAAGGUCCUUUGGAAUGAGGGCCGACUGGCGUCGGACGUUUUGGCCGGCAUGGACCAAGCAAUUUCUGAUGGUGUCGAUAUAAUUUCCAUCUCCAUGGGCUUUGACAAUGUCACUCUCUACGAGGACCCCAUCGCCAUAGCUUCCUUUGCUGCAAUGGAGAAAGGGAUUCUUGUUUCUUCGUCCGCGGGAAACGCCGGCCCGGACCUCGGCACUUUGCACAACGGAAUUCCUUGGCUCCUCACCGUCGCCGCCGGCACCAUAGACCGAACGUUUGGAAGCUUGGAACUGGGAAAUGGCAUAACCGUAAUUGGUUGGACUCUGUUCCCAGCAAAUGCAGUUGUCUAUGACUUCAAUCUUGUUUAUAACAGAACAAUAUCUUCAUGCGAUUCAGCCCAGAAGUUGUCACAAAUGGACACAGAAUAUGUCAUUGUUAUCUGUGAUAACUUAAAAUCUGUGUCCGUCAUAGACCAACUAAGGGCCACCACUAAAGCCAGUGUUGGUGGCGCCAUCUUUAUUUCCGAGGAUCCGGUACUAAUAGAAUUAGUAUCCUUCCCGGUUCCGAGCAUUGUGAUCAACCCAAAGGAUGCUCCACAUAUCAUCAAGUAUGCAAAAAGGGAUCCUAUGGCCACUGCCAGCAUCAAAUUCCAACAAACAUUUGUUGGAACUAAGCCGGCACCAGCUGCUGCCAUUUACACCUCAAGGGGCCCUUCUCCGAGCUACCCCGGAGUCUUGAAGCCUGAUGUAAUGGCGCCAGGGUCUCGAGUUCUGGCGGCUUUUAUUCCUAAUGCCGCAGCCGCUAGAAUCGGGGAAAAUGUGUACCUACCAAGUGCCUACAACAUACUCUCAGGAACUUCAAUGGCUUGUCCCCAUGCUUCUGGAGUCGCUGCUUUACUUAAAGCCGCGCACCCUGAAUGGAGCCCUGCGGCCAUAAGGUCCGCCGUGGUGACAACCGCGAACCCAUUGGACAACACUAAACAUCCAAUUGGGGACAAUGGAAAUCUAGGCCAAGAUGCUUCACCUCUUGUAAUGGGAGCAGGUCAAAUUGAUCCCAAUAAAGCUCUUGAUCCAGGUUUGGUAUAUGAUGCGUCUCCACAAGACUAUGUUAAUCUUCUUUGUGCAAUGGGAUAUACACAUAAGCAAAUCUUGACCAUUACAAGAUCAAAAUCCUAUACUUGUGCUAACCCAUCUUUGGAUCUUAACUACCCUUCAUUUAUAGCAUUGUAUAACAAAAAAUUAAGGACAAUGGUGAAGAAAUUUAGGAGGACGGUGACCAAUGUCGGUGAUCUUGGUGAGGCUACCUAUAAAGCUGUUGUGACACAUCCUAGGGGUUCUGUUGUUACAGUGUCACCUAUGACACUAAUAUUUGGUCACAAGAAUGAGAAUCAAAGCUACGUUGUUACAAUAAGUUACACGAGGAACAAGAAGGAAAAUGUGUCGUUUGGAGAGCUUAUUUGGGUGGAAGAGGGUGGUGGUGCACAUAGGGUUAGGAGCCCCAUUGUCGUGGCACCAAGUGGUAUUGUUUAAGAGCUGUUGUUUGCAAGUUUCUCCAUGUGGAAAUAUCACAACUACCACAAAUAAACAAGACAAAAUCUGUAAUAAUCAUAGUUAAAUCUAUUUUCUUUUUGUCAAAUAA